CAGCCUGGCGGGUUUUUGAAAGCGCUAUACACGUCAAGAAACAUGAAUUUAGCCAUUUUACUCGAUUUUUGUCGUAAUUUAAGCACGUAACGGUUUCCCUCUCGUGUUCGUGACACCGCGGCUGACUUUCGGAAAAUGUUUGGACCACUUUUGAGGAGCGGAGCUGCUUAGAAAGAAGGAACCGGCGGACUCUGCUAGCUUGUUGUUUUACAGUGAGAUUCAUGUUUCUGGUAAAACAAACAGCUGGAAGUCUCACAUCAUGAACUUUAUCUCUGUGGUUCUUCUACACACAUACAGAGAAGUGUUCAAUAAAGGACAAGAAGAGAGCUUCUAAGCUGUGGAGAGUUAGCAGUUCUGCUUUAUUGGUCUCACAUUAUGGCUGGUGUUGUGGCUAUGGCAUCUGUCAUCGAGGACUUUGACACCCAGCCUUGCAAGAAAUCUCGUAAAGAUGCUAGCAGUCCUGUUGUCAAAACAAUCACCAACUACUUCUCCCCUGUACCCAAGCCUGCAGAGAAACCCUUUUCUCCUCCUCGCUCCAACAACAUCAUGGACUACUUCAACCGUAAAGCGCCAUCCUCUAAGGAUAGAAACAGCUCGCCAGAGCAGUCAAAGGAGAAUGUACAGACGUGUCAGCCUGCAGUGAGAGAGGCUGCAGUAAAACAUCAACCUCAGAAACGGAGCAGAAAGGCCAGCAAAGCAGCAAGGAAACUAGUAGAGGUUGAAACUGUUAGCUCUGCAUCAGAGGACAGCUGCGUGAAUGUGGAAGAGCAGCAUGACAGCAGAGACUCUGCAGCAGGAGUUAUCAGCAGCUGUGGUGUUCUUGGCAGCGAUACCGCGGCCCUGUUGGUCCAGCUUAGCGCCGAGGCUUGUAUGUCUGCAGAAAGUUCAGAAAAUGACACUAAAGAUGAGGGUUUAGAGCAGGCUGAUAAAGGUGAAAACAGUGUAGCAGAUGGUUCAAAACAAAAGGAAAACAUUAAACUUAAACCAGAACUGAAAUGCAUAGAGUUAUCUCCAAUUGUACCCCAUAAAGAGAAAGCAAAACAAGUCAAAAGUGCUGCACGAAACUCUCGAAAAAGGCUGCAACAGGAGGAAAAAGAUUCAAAAGAAGAGGAGAAAGAAAAAGAGAGCUCUUUAUGUGAUGUUAGUAUGGAGGUUAACGUGGAUGAAGCCUCUCAGUUAAACAGCACCGUGACAAUCUCCUUCGAGGAUUUUGUUCGGAGUCAGAGUCAAGAAAAUGAGCAGGGCAAAUAUGAUGACUGUAAGAUCAUAUCAGAGGCAGAAGAAAUGGACACUGAGCAGAUAGAAACGCCUAAAGCUGAUGAAAAUGUCAGUUCCAGUGAGCCACCUCUUCAAGUUUCACCUCGAACCCUCACCAUUCAGGCUGAAGUCCAUGCAGUCUCACCGAAACAGGACCCAGCCAAGGUGGGGGGGAGGGUAGCGUCUAUCUUCAACAGGAGAAAAGGUGCAACGAGUCCCGCUGAAUCAAAAUCCUCUUCUCAGACGGAGGCAGAAAAACAGCUUCCCUCUCCGGCUGUCAAACGAAAAUCCAACGUGGUUCUUCAGGAGGAAGAUCUAGAGCUGUCAGUCCUGGAGAGUGAAUCCAUGCCGAAGUGCAGCGAUGCAGAGAGGAAGCAGUUCAUGGCUGCGUUCAAACAGCCCUGUCUGGAUGGGUCUAAAGCCAAGCCUGCAAAGAGCAAGCAGAAGCCAGCUGAGGAGAAGGUUGUAGAGGAGGUGGAGAAAGUGACUGAAGAGGAAGGAGAAAAAACAGAAAGCAAAGAGCAAGAGCCUGCAGCCUCUGAGGGAAACAAAGCUGCUAAAAAGAAACCAGUGAGGAAAGGCAGAAAGAAAGGUGAAGAAGAAAAAGAGGCAGCCAAAUCUCAGCCUCCUGCUCCCGUAGAAGAAACGGUCACUGCAACUCUUGAUGACCAGAAAAAGGAACCUCACAUGACCUCGACUCCCUCCAUCCCAGCAGUAAGGAGGUCCAGAAGGGAGUCUGCAGCUAGACAAACCCCUGAAACUGCUCCGACAACUCCGGUCAGAAAACUGAGGAAACAUAAUGAGUCAAAGGAUGCUGCUGUUGCUGUUUUACCUGACGACAGCCCUGCUGAUGUGUCCACUCCAAAGAGACGGCGUUCUAAACACGGAGUCUUCGUCGCAGAGAUGCUGGGUCCAUCAGACACCAAAGGAAGUCCAAUCAGGAUUAAGUUCAGGAGAGUCCAGAAAAAUGUCUCCAUACCUAAGGCUGAAGGCAAUGGUGGCAAAAACCCACCUGUGGCUGCUAAAGUUUCCGCUGAGUCUAAAAAAAGGAAGCAGGCGAAGAAGCUGGUGGAGAAAGCCAAGGUCAUUCAGCAGAGUAAAAAAGGUGCAGACAAGGAGAAAGACACCUUAAGGCGAUCGUCACGAACCGAGGCCUCUCUGAAGAAGAGCUACUGUGAAGAUGAGGAUUCUGUGAUUUGCCUGGAGGAAGAUCAGACUAAAACAGCACCAGAAAAGAGAAAAACUCAGAAGUCUUUACGAAGUCUGAACGACGUUCUCGGAAAAGCAAAACCUGGCAGCCAGGACUCAAAGGCCACCCCAGCAGGCUCCAAAGUGCCGUCACUGGCUCAGGAGAAAUCCUCCCGUAAGGCGUCAGCUGUGAUUUCCAUCUUCGACGAUAGCAGCCGUGACGGCUCUGACUGCACGCAGGAUGAUGAGCAGUUCAGGGCACGCAGAGAGUUCUUGAAGAGUGGUCUGCCUGAGUCCUUCAGGAAACAGAUCGCCAAGACCGCUGCGAGCAAGGAGGCGUACUCAUUGUCCUGUUCCUCCUUUCAGCCGGUGGUUCACGUAAAGCAGCAACAACACGACUCUCCUCUUUGGAGUCUGCCGUGGCCAGAGUCUUCAUUGCUGCAUCAUCUGAAGGAGCUUUGGAGCCAAACAUUCAUCCCACCUCAGCCAGUCAGUGGCUCCCUCUGCAUGAAGACAAAACCCGUCUGCAGAGCCCUUUGUGAACGAGGUUCUGGUUGGCGGCCUGAGAUCUCUGAAAGUGUUCGUCAGCUUCUCAUGGAGGAGGUCAGAACCUCAAACCCGGCCUUCCCAAUUCAGGUGUUCCUCAGUCGCCUCCUGAAGAGAUGCAUCGACCACCAGCAGCAGCAGAACGGCGCCACAGAACCAGAAGCUGUAAGCAGAGAAUCGAGCACAGCAGGAGGGAAGAGGAAGAGGACAGAUGAUGAAGAGGGAAUGACAGUGAAGGUAGCUAAGAAGCAGAAAGCCAACUCUUCAGAGGAGAUUUCAGCACCAGAGACCACGACAAGAGGAGGCCGUAAGAGGCGAGGGCAGAGAUUAGUGAAAGCUGCUCCCGUCCAGCCUGAAGACGACUCUGUGGUUGUCCUCGAUGAUGUGUCUGGAGGAGACACUGAGAGAAAAGAUUUGUUGAAGGAGGACGUGUUAUGGACAGACAAGUAUCAGCCUCAGCACUCCUGCGACAUUGUUGGAAACCUUGCCUCAGUGAGAAGGCUGCACAGCUGGCUGAAGGAAUGGAAGAUCCGUGCAGACCGAGAAGAAAAGAAAAAACAGAAAGAAAAGAAAGAAGAGGAAGGCAGCAAUGACUCGGACUGGGACUGCGGAGAAGACGACUCCCAGGAUGGAGAGGACAUGUUGUGCAACACGAUGCUCAUCACAGGACCCACUGGAGUUGGAAAGACCGCUGCAGUAUACGCUUGUGCUCAGGAGCUUGGCUUUAAGGUGUUUGAGGUGAAUGCUUCAUCUCAGCGGAGUGGACGACUGAUUCUGUCCCAGCUCAAAGAAGCUACACAGUCCCACCAGGUCGACAGCCAGGGGGUCAACGCCCAUAAACCCAGCUACUUUAACAGCUACGGCACAAGCAGCAGCGCAGGAACCAUGAGGCCUGGAUCUUCUCCCAGGAAGAUAAACUCUCCUCGUAGGGUGGUCUCCUCCCCUAGAAAACAUCCCCAGUCUCCAAGAGGGGCUAAAAGAGGAAACCUGGCUCCUACAUCUUUAGCUAACUUCUUUAAAAUGGGCCGGCCAACCAACAAGGACGCUCCAAACACGAAGAAGAAUGAGCAAACUGAUGCAUCCCAAAAAGACACAAAAGCCAACGAUUCUGCAAGUAAGCAUAAAGGCUCUGCAGUCAAAUCCCCGGCGACCACCCCUAAAGAUAAAGCAAAUGAAGAGCAGAACAAGAAGACGGCGACCUCACUCAUUCUGUUUGAAGAAGUAGAUGUGAUUUUUGACGACGACUCUGGUUUUAUCGCUGCCAUUAAGACAUUUAUGACUACAACCAAGAGACCGGUCAUCCUCACAACCAGUGAUCCGGCUUUCAGUGCCAUGUUUGAUGGAUGCUUUGAAGAAACCCUUUUCAAAACUCCCUCAGUGGCGGAUGCGAGCAGCUUCCUGAGGCUGUUGUGUUUGACAGAGGACGUCAGAAUGGACCAAUCAGACGUGAGCUCUCUGCUCAGAGUCAACGGCGGCGAUGUCAGGCAGAGUUUACUGCAGCUGCAGUUCUGGUCUCGCAGUGGAGGAGGAUGCAAAGUGGCACAGACUGACAGAAGCGGGGCUGAUCAAAAACCAAGGAGAAAGUCAGCAGAGAUUCUUCCUCUGUGUGACAGCGGCUGCACUGAGAGCAUGCUCAGUCUGCUGAACACCAAACCAGAGAGAAACAUCUGGGAGCUGCUCAAGAGCCGCAGUCUGUUGGAGGAGGAGAUUUGUCUGGAUCUGCUGAUGAACAGCCAGAGACGUGGAGUUGACCUGCUUUAUUCCAACAUGGAGGCACUCUUGCCUCUACCACGCACACAGCUGACCACAUCUAACUACAAUCAGAAGCCGCCUGUUUCAGCAUCACAGGACUGUCCCACUGAUUUGGCCCCAGCACACGCCAGGCUGUUGGAAACAGAGUCUGCAGAUUGCUCUGAUGAUGGCAGUCCGGUGAAAAUCUCCAACAGAAUGAAGAAAAACAAGAGGAGGCACUGUUUACCAGAGAAAGGCAGACUUGACUCAGACUCUGACUCAGAAGGUGGUUUUCUGUCUCUAAACAAGCCCCAGGAAGCCCCUGCAGCGACGGAGGACACCACACAGAAUUCAGAGCCGGAAAAGGUAAAGAGGAUGCCAGUGACUCCUGAGGAGCGGGCCAAAAGCGUCCCAGUCUCCAAGUGUCUUGAGUCAAUGGCUGACUUCUUAGAUAACAUCUCCUACAUGGACUCCUCCAUGUUGGUUCAAUCAGACGGUGGUCAGAAAAGGUCACAUGAUGGGGCCGCAGUGAAAGAUGGAAUGACAGACGAGCCAAGAAUUGAGACUGAGAGAGAGAGCAGGAUGAGAGGGGAGCUCAUGUUUGAGAUAUCGGCCACUGUGGAGGCGCUGAGCUUCCACAGACUUCGGGUUUCAGCGGAGGAGGUGUGGCAGAACACUCAGCAACUUGAGGGGGAGGUCUGGAAGGAGGCGGCGGCAGAACUCAGCCUCCCUGUGGCUGCUCACCGGGAAGGUUACAGCUUCACUCAGGACGGCCUGUGCCAACCACAGAUCGUUCAGCAGAGAAGAGAAGUGAUGGAGAGUCUGAUGGUCAGAGGAGUGUUUGGCUCGCUCUGUAACAGACCUGCAGCUGCUCUCGACUUUCUGCCAGCGCUCCGCACCAUCUGCAGAUCCGAGCAGCUGAAAGAGCAGGGCAAAGUCAAACGAAGGUUCCUUCACUACCUCGAUGCCAUCAACCUUGGUAUAGAAAAGAACACACUGCAGCACCUCGCUGAAGACUUCCCCUGAAGAGACGAAGAGCUUUUCACAGCAAAUGUGGUCGUUAAAACGACCACUGGUUUCUAAAGUCAUGUUUACAGGUUGUCUGUGGCAGCUCUGAAGCUGUUGUCUACUAUUAACGACUGAAUCACUGCAAACAGGAAAAGUAUUCCUGAAUAACCUCAAAUGUUGUUGUAAUUGGCACAGACUGGUGCUUUGAAGAAUGCACUAAAUUUCUACUUUGUAAGGUUUUGUAUUAAGCUGUGUGGGAGUGUGUUUGUUUGUACAGUAGGGUUUUAUACAUGAAUGAUUUAUCAGCAGACUUUGCAUUUGCAAAGUGAUUUUAUCAAGUAGAAAUUGCUUUUGGGUAGCAAUUGUGUCAUUAAUAAUUUGUAUGAGGUUAAUAUGUAAAAUAGUUUGCUUCUUUAUGUGUACAUUGACAUUUUCACAACAAAAUACAAAAAUACACUUGGGAUUUUUUCCUCUGCAGAGCUCUGGUUGAGAAUCCUGCUCUUCUCGGCUCUAACUGUCACCUUCACAUUGAACACUGUGUUUUUUAAUUUCUUUUUUUUUUUUUUUUUUUUUAUCUUAAUUUGAGUUUUAUUUUGUUUUCAGCCUUAAUGUGUACCCUUUCUCACAGUGGGUUUA